AUGGCUCUUUGCAGACAUGCUUGCCGGAGAGUACAUCGGUACGAUGGCUCGACAAGUUCAAUCGCCGGCUAUGUCUGGAUUAGCGAUGCGAUUCUUUCCCAGUCGUUCACGGAUUUCCUAGUAGUCCAGCGGCGAUUUGGCAGCAAUGUUCCAGGCCCGCUCGAGGCCCGACGACGCCUUGCGAAGAGAAGAAAUGCGGAUUUAGCAGCUGCUGGUCGCGGAGGGGGCAUUGACCCAAGCGUUCUGUUUGACUGGAAACCCAUAGGUCAACGAAAGUCCGCUGAAUCUCCCUUCGCAUCGUUUGUAUUGGACCCAGAACAAUCGUUCAAUUUGCCUCCGCGUUUUGAUAUCCCUCCCCCAAUAGCCACCCCCGAACCUACGCAGACCUGGUCGCUUUUGAACAUUACAUCUCGCCUAACGACCCCAACUCCGAGCCAAAUGCUUAUGAAAGAACUGCCUAAAACGACAUCCUUGGAGGAUAUUCGAACCCUCGUUUCAAAUGCCGGCGUUGACCUACGCAGCCAGCCAUUACUUAGCCAAAUGAUCUUUCGUCAUGUGCUCGAGAAGUUUUCGAGCGGCUUUGAGUGGAGUAUUUCUGAUAUAAGUGAUUUUCUUGGGGAUCCCGCAUUGAAUACUCCGGGCUCUCAAAAUUUUGUGUUCGCCAUCCGUUCCUUAAUUACCGAAAGGACUACGGCCCAACAUGUGGAACAGAUGUUUGACAUGCUGACGCAGAUGUUCUCUCUGGGCGCUGUACCUCGUAGUGAGAUACCUUUGAUCCUCAGGCUGGUACUUCGAAUUAGAAUUCUCGAGGACCCAUCCAAGCCUGCGACUAUUCAUGGACUUUGCUACAAAAAAAUGUGGACCGGACUAGAAUCAUGCGCUGUGUUUCGGCCCAAGGAUGUUGGAAGAAGGACACUUAUCUUGUGGAUACAUCUUCUUGCAAGAUGUCCACCCAGUGGACAGUCGCUUUCUGUCAGCAAGGCCAUCAUGCGCUUACUUGCUUCCACCGGAGUACCUAAUCACCUCUGGCUUCCACCCAUUUUUCUUCAAAUAGUCAAACUAAAGGCAAGCCGUACACGCAAAACUUCAACUUCAGCUUGGAGAAAUUUUCACAAACAUAUUCAAGACGUUAGCGAUAUUGGGCGCCUGCUCCCCGCCGGAACCCUUUUUCAAUCACUUUUUCAAUUCACAGAAUCAUUGCUGUUUUCUCGGCGUCAUCGAAAGGCUCGUCCAGAGUUUUUGCAGAUUUGGGCGGAGGCCUUGGAACGAUUCCGCCAUGACCUUUUGUUCGGUGAGGCUCGCUGGCGUGAUAUUCAGAUUCCUCUAAACGAGCUUCGCCUUUCACCCCGUACGCACCAUCAUAAUCUCAGUUCGAGAAGGUGUAUCAGUAGGAAGGCUAAUUUGGUGAGGAAAAAGUGGCUUGUGCGAUUGUGGGCCAUUCGAAUACUUGGUAGGAAAGCUCGCUACCGACAUCAUUUUGAGAAACGACAGAGGGCUUUUUUUCGAAAGCUUCUGGUCUAUAACAAACUAUUACGCGGUGCGCGGCCAAAACUUGAUAUUCCUUGCUAUUUAUACCAUUCUAUGCAAGCCCUUGAUCGACUUGGCCUCCCAAAUGCCAACGCCGUCUUCACAGCAAGUACGGGGAUGGAGUAUGAGCGAAGAUUACGGAAAUACCAUUACCUUCCCAAAGAUGUUCUUUCAACAUUAUGUCAAUUUGAACGUGGCGACUUGGCAUCUUUAAGCGUUUCUUGGGAUAGCGAAAACUAUAGAUUGCUCAGAGACACGAUGUUCACCCACUGGGAGAAGUUAGCAAGCAAAACGGAUAUUACAGCUCCAGACUUUGCCAACAAGAUUCUUCUUUAUACCGAGACAAAAUCACCCCACCGCGCCGGCCUUCUCCGCCUGCUUCGUCGCCACACCCCGCUCAAAAUUGCGCUGGCAUUCUCUUGGAACCAGUCUAACGACCACUCUUUUGAUGGAAAACUUCGAGGUGCACCUAAAUUUUCCUCGGAUGGCCGGCCAAUAAUGAACCCUACGGACUGUCUCGCCACCCUCCAUAGUAUAGCUUUGAUAUUCGCUUGUUCCAACAAGCUCACACCUCGAAAUUCAUACAGACUGACGCGAUGGUGCUAUGAAUUCCUAAUCGACCACAAUGCACCUCUUCGACCAACAAUGGUUAGGGCAUUGUAUCAUGCUGGUAUUUACCGGUUCCAACAGGCAAGCCAACCAAUCCCCAUGGAAAGAUUCUCGUUUAUUAUGAAUAAAAUUAGAGAGGUUGAAGGCGAUCGAGUGGCGGCAGCACUUGCCAGCGGUGUGCCAUUUGAAUAUAUAUCGCGAUAG